UACAUUCGUUUUCUGUCAUUCGAGAAUUUCAUUGCAAACAGUCAGCAGAUUUUGUGUUUCAAGUUAAUAAAUCAAGUUAUUUACCAGAAAAUUGCCGUGAAAAUGUUGGGCUUUGAAAAUUUUCCCGAAUACGAAGUUCCCGGAGUGCGCCAGGUUCAAUUUUAUCCAUAUGAAUCCAACGGCGGGAGCGUGGUUGCGAUUGCUGGAGAUGACUUUGCCGUGAUUGGUGCCGAUACCCGUCUCAGCUCGGGUUAUUCCAUCCAUACGCGUACGCAGAACAAACUGUUCCGGAUGUCGGACCGGACGGUUCUGGCCUCUACGGGAUGUUGGUGCGACACUCUGGCCCUGACCAGCUUGGUCAAAGUGCGAAUGCAGAUGUACAAGGAUCAGCACCAGAAGAACAUGACGACACCGGCGGUCGCUCAGAUGUUGUCCAUUCUGAUGUACAAUCGCCGAUUCUUCCCCUAUUACGUGUCCAACGUUUUGGCCGGAUUGGAUGCGGAUGGAAAGGGCGUAAUCUACAGCUACGAUCCCAUUGGACAUUGUGAGAAGACAACGUACCGUGCCGGUGGGUCAGCUGGACCUUUGCUGCAACCGGUUCUGGACAAUCAGAUCGGCUUGAAGAACAUGGUCAAUGUGGCUCCAACUCCAGUGCAGUUGGACAAGGCCAUCUCCAUUAUCAAGGAUACCUUCAUUUCCGCUACGGAGCGAGACAUUUACACAGGAGAUUCCGUUAUAAUCAACAUUAUUACUAAGGAUGGCAUCAAGGAAGAAAUCGUUCAGCUAAGAAAGGAUUAAGCUAAUAUGGUUGGUAAGGGUGGGAGGUUUUUCUUAUGCUUUUUUGAUUUAUUAACACCCAAUAAAUUUGAAUGAAGGAUUU